AUGUGUCUCUUCGGGCGAUGUCAAGCGAUUUUUAACAUUCUCCUUUUCAUCAUUCUCUUGCCUCUCCCCAUUUCUUUUCUUUUUCUCUCUCUCUCUCUCUCUCUCUCUAUCUCGACUCUCAACAAACAAAUCUUUAUCAAUAAAUCUUUUAUAUAUCUAUCUAUAAAAUCUAUCUAUCUAUUCUUAUCUAUCUAUCUAUCUAUUUAUCUAUCUUAUCUAUCUAUCUAUUCAUCUAUCUAUCUAUCUAUCUAUCUAUCUAUCUAUCUAUCUAUCUAUCUAUUUAUUUCAUAUCUAUCUAUCUAUCUAUUCUAUAUCUAUCUAUCUAUUAUCUUCAUCUAUAUCUCAUAUCUAUCUAUCUAUCUAUAUCUAUCUAUCAUUGUCUCAUUCAUUCUAUCUAUCUAUCUAUCUAUCAUCUAUCUAUCUAUCUAUCUAUCUAUCUAUCUAUCUAUAUAUAUAUAUAUAUAUAUAUCUAUCUAUCUAUUAUCUAUCUAUCUAUUUAUUUAUCUAUAUCUAUUCAUCAUAUCUAUCUAUCUAUCUAUCUAUCUAUCAUCAUCUAUCUAUCUAUCUAUCUAUCUAUCUAUCUAUCAUAUCAUCUAUCUAUCUAUCUAUCUUGUAUCUAUCUAUCUAUCUAUCUAUCUUUCAUCUAUCUAUCUAUCUAUCAUCUAUUCAUCUAUCUAUCUAUCUAUCUAUUCUAUCUAUUAUCUCAUCUUCUAUAUCUAUCAUAUCUUAUCUAUCUAUUUCAUUCAUCUAUCUAUUCAUCUAUUCAUAUCAUUCAUUCAUUCAUCUAUUCAUUCAUCUCAUCUCUUCUAUCUAUCUUCUUCAUCUAUCUAUCUAUCAUAUCAUUAUCUAUCUAUUCAUAUAUUCAAUUAUCUAUCUAUUUUCAAUCUAUUCAUCAUUCAUUCAUCUAUCUAUCUAUCUAUCAUUACAAUCAUAUCUAUUAUUUAUUAA